UCCUUUGAUUGGAGACCUUCAUCGUAUCGACCCCAGCAGAAUGCACCUACAGUUCACAGAGUUUGCAGAGAAAUAUGGGAAGAUUUUCAGCCUUCGUCUCUUUGGUGGAAGGAUUGUGGUCAUUAAUGGAUACAAGCUUGUGAGAGAGGCCCUGGUCGAAAAAGGAGAGGACUUCAUAGAUCGCCCUGUUAUACCACUUUUUUAUACAAUUUUUGGGAAUAAAGGUCUGGUUAUUUCAAAUGGCAAUCUAUGGAAGCAGCAGAGGAGAUUUGCUCUUCAUACACUCAGAAACUUUGGUGUUGGCAAGAAGACUCUGGAGCCAUCCAUCCAGCAGGAGUGCCAAUAUCUCACUGAGGCUUUUGCCCUUCAGCAAGGCAAACCUUUUAAUACCCAGUCACUGAUCAACAAUGCUGUGUCCAACAUCAUCUGCUGCUUGGUGUUUGGGCAUCGUUUUGAGUACACUGAUGAGAAGUUCCAGCGUAUUCUUAAGCAUUUCAAUGAGUUAGUGCUUUUACAAGGAAGUUUAGAGAGUCCAGGCUGAGAUAGAUACUGUCAUUGGUUCAUCCAGACAGCCCUCUAUGACUGACAGAGAAAACAUGCCCUAUACUAAUGCAGUCAUCCAUGAAAUCCAGAGAAUGGCCGACAUCAUUCCCCUAAAUGUGGCCCACAUGACAAGCAAGGACACCACGCUUGAUAAGUACACAAUCCCAAAGGGCACCAUGAUCCUGCCCACACUGGACUCAGUUCUACAUGAUGAGUCGAUGUGGGAAACUCCACACUCCUUCAACCCUCAACAUUUUCUGGACCAGGAUGGCACAUUUAGGAAGAGGGAGGCCUUCCUUCCUUUUUCAGCAGGAAAACGUGUGUGUCUCGGGGAGCAGCUGGCCAGGACAGAGUUAUUCCUCUUCUUUACCUCCCUCCUUCAGAGGUUUUCUUUCUCAGCAGCGGCUGGAGAGCAGCCCAGUCUGGAGUUCAAGUUAGGAGCUACUCGCUGUCCCCAACAUUACCGCCUCUGUGCUGUACUACGAUAAACCACCAAACUGAACCGCUUCAUGAUGCAGUGAAUCACUGUGUUACACUACAUUAAUCUUAUAAUACAGGAAGAAUAUCUGCUGUAUUGUUCUUUUCUUAUAUUUUGAGUUGUAUAGUACAUAGUAUAGUCUAGUUAUAUAGUGUGAGGAAGUUUUCAAUAAACCAUUUUAUACUAAUAAUGUUAUCUGUAAUAUACUAUAAAAUUCUUAAAACAAUAAAAGAAUUUAUAGACAUGUAUUUAUUUACAAUUUACAAAGAUACAUUUUAACAAGACUUGAAAUAUUCACAUUGAUAUAAAACCACUCGUCCCCUCCCUAAGUAAAAACAAACAAAACCAAACAGGGUUACAACAUUACAUAAAAAAGAUAUUGGAACAGGUAGCAUCGUAUCGUAGACAGUUCACCUCUCUGUAAAAAUGUAAGAAAGGGAUAUUUUUUUUCUUUGUUCAUGUAACUUUCUCAAGUGGUGCACCCAACGAGCCAUGGACAAGCUGGAGGACCCUGGACCGUAGCUUGUGGGGCGCCAGGAGCUGGAAGACGUUAUGAUGGUCCCUGGGGACCUGCCAGUGGCAAUGGAGGAGGCCAUGCCGGCUGGUGAAGCUGGACCACUGGGUGUAGAGGGCCUUGGUCUCAGAGUCCAGUGCUGUUAUUACUUGCCUGUCCCUACCUAACCCAAUUCUGGAACCAGUAGAGGAUAGUCUCAGCUCUGGUCAGAUCAGAGCUGCUUGAUACUUUCCAAGACAUCAUAGGGGUGCCACCUUUUACCCUGGUCAGACACUGCUCCAUUUCAGUUAGGAUAGAGACUAGUUGAAUUGUUCAUCUUGUUGAAAGUCUGCAGAGCUUUUCUUUCCAAUGCCCUUUAUUAUAUUUUCCAUAAAAUACUUAUUAAUUAUAAUGUGACUUGACUAGACUUUGAUCUUUUAAAGAAACGAUGUUUAAAUACACGUGUUUACACUUUUUAUGAACUUAUAUAUAAUUUUUAAAGCUAGCAACUGAAGAAAAGACAAAAUGUCAACUCCAUUGUGCAAAACAUGAAUAA